CGGGCGGAGGAAGAGCGCGCCGCGUCCGCUGCCCGCCUGCCCGGCUCUGCGCAGCGCCAUGAGCGGCUCGGGAAACGCCGCGAAGGAGCAGCUGCUUUGGAACGUCAAGAAGGAGGUGAAACAGAUAAUGGAAGAGGCUGUCACCCGAAAGUUCGUGCACGAAGACAGCAGCCACGUCAUUGCAUUAUGUGGGGUAGUGGAAUCGUGCCUUCUGCACAUGCUGAAACGACGGGCGGCUGGCUUCCUGCGGACCGACAAGAUUGCUGCCCUCUUCACCAAGGUUGGCAAGACUUACGAUGUGGCGAGCGACAUAUGCAAGAAAGUGCAGGACCUCUUGCAGCAAGUAGAUGGCAGGAAAUCUCAGCCAGUGGGCCAAGAAUCCCUUAAGAGGCAAAGUUCGGCUACAAGCAAAGCUCUUGCCUUGACCCCGCAAGCCAUAAAGCACAUUUGGGUGCGCACUGCAUUGAUUGAAAGAGUGCUGGACAAAAUCAUGCAACACAUCGUGGACAACUGCAGCAAAUAUUACGAGAAAGAAGCUUUACUGGCAGAUCCCGUCUGUGGGCCCAUCUUGGCGUGCCUUCUUGUUGGCCCGUGUGCACUAGAAUACACCAAGCUGAAAACAGCCGACCACUUUUGGACAGAUCCUUCGGCAGAUGAGUUGGUCCAAAGGCAUCGUAUUCACGGAGCCCAUGGUCGCCAGAACUCGCCAUCAAAACGCCCAGCGUUAGCAAUACGGAAGCGACACUCAAGUGGAAGCACAGCGGAGGACCGUUUUGCUGCAUCAGCCAGAGAUUAUGUGGAAUCGUUGCACCAGAAUUCAAGGACACAUUUACUGUACGGGAAGAACAAUGUCCUGGUUCAGCCGAAAGACGACAUGGAGGCCAUCCCAGGCUACCUCUCUCUUCACCAGUCCGUUGAUUCUUUGACUCUAAAAUGGACUCCAAACCAGCUCAUGAAUGGGACGUUGGGGGAUUCGGAGCUUGAGAAAAGCAUCUUCUGGGACUACGCCUUGAUCGUCCCCUUCAGCCAGAUCGUCUGCAUCCACUGCCAUCAGCAACCAGAAAGAGGCGGGACCUUGGUGCUGGUGAGCCAGGAUGGCAUCCAGAGACCCCCCCUGCAUUUCCCACCAGGGGGACACCUCCUCGCCUUCCUUUCCUGCCUUGAGAAUGGCCUCUUGCCCCGUGGACAGCUGGAACCUCCCCUGUGGUCCCAGCAGGGAAAGGGCAAAGUUUUUCCAAAGCUUCGGAAACGAAACAGCCGCAAUAGGUCUGUUGAUCUGGAGGAAAUGCCUGUGGUGGAGACCGCUGCCGAUUACGUCUUCAGAAUUAUUUACCCGGGACACAGACAUGAAAACAUAACUAUUAACUACCACCACUUAGCUGCCAGCCGCUCUGCCUCUGUCGACGAUGACGAGGAGGAAGAAGAUAAGCUGCACGCAAUGCUAUCCAUGAUCUGCUCUCGGAACCUCACAGAUCCUAAAAGGAUGAAAGAUAUCAGCGACAUGAUGGAGAUUCAGGGAUUCGGCGCUGGCUUGUUGCCAUGGCAGCUGGACCCCUGCAGCCAAGGGUCUUCGUGUUUGUCAUGUUCAACGAGUAGCUCUCCAUACGACCUCCCCAGCUGCUGCAGCUGCAUCCAUGACAGAACCCCUCUGAAAAUGCUGUGUGAAAGUAUGAAGAGGCAAAUUGUUUCCAGAGCUUUUUAUGGUUGGCUUGCCUACUGCCGCCACUUGUCCACCGUACGAAUGCACUUGUCUGCUCUGGUGAAUCACACAAUUAUCCCACCAGACAAACCCACAAAUGCUGCAGGAGGGUUGACGAAAGAGGUCUGGAGCAAAUAUCAGAAGGACAAGAAGAAUUACAAGGAAUUGGAACUGCUCAGACGGGUUUACUAUGGUGGGGUGCAGCAUGAGAUCCGAAAGGAAGUGUGGCCCUUCUUACUGGGGCACUACAAGUUCGGCAUGACCAAAAAGGAGAUGGAUCGGGUGGAUGAGGAAAUUAUGCUCCAGUAUGAGAAGGUUAUGGCUGAGUGGAAAGCCUGCGAGAUUAUUGUGAAACUGCGAGAGAAGGAAUCUCAAACAGUCACCAAGUUUUCCUCCGGCAGCAGCAUAGACAGCCAUGUGCAACGGUUGAUUCACAGGGACUCCACCAUCAGCAACGAUGUCUUUAUAUCCGUUGAUGAAAUGGAUUCUGUUGAGCGAGAGCUGAAAGUGCAGGAGGACCCAUUGUUGCCGGGGGUGAGCAUCGAUGCGCCCACCGUGGUCGCGGUGCUUGAGCAGCAGCCAUCGGUGGAGUUCGAUUCUCCGGACUCUGGGCUGCCUUCCUCGAGGAAUUACUCUGUCACCUCAGGCAUCCUUUCCAGCAUCGACGACGGGCAGAGUGUUUGCUUUGAGGAUGGGGCCGAGGAAGAAACUGGCCUAGAUCCACAGAGGCCAGAUAAAGCUCACAAAACAAAGGGCUUGGAAUCCAAGGGCUCGGUAACGGAGGAAUCGCUCAUUUCAGUGUGUUCUGCAGCUUACACGAUAGAAAUGUUGGACACUGUUGCCUUAAACUUGCACAGGAUUGAUAAAGAUGUCCAAAGGUGUGACCGGAAUUACUGGUACUUCAGUGCUGAGAACCUGGAGAAGCUUCGGAAUAUUAUGUGCAGUUAUGUUUGGGAACAUUUAGAUGUUGGCUACGUUCAAGGAAUGUGUGACCUUUUGGCCCCUCUGAUGGUUAUACUUGACAAGGAUGAAUUGGCGUACAGCUGCUUCACUCACCUGAUGAAAAGAAUGAGCCAAAACUUCCCCAAUGGGGGGGCCAUGGAUACCCAUUUUGCCAACAUGCGGUCCCUUAUCCAGAUUCUGGAUUCCGAACUUUUUGAACUAAUGCAUCAGAAUGGUGACUACACUCACUUCUAUUUCUGCUAUCGCUGGUUCCUGCUGGAUUUCAAACGAGAAUUGUUGUACGAGGAUGUAUUUACAGUGUGGGAAGUUAUUUGGGCAGCAAAGCACAUCUCUUCAGAACAUUUUGUCCUUUUCAUUGCCUUAGCCCUGGUGGAGCUCUACCGAGAGAUUAUCCGUGAUAACAACAUGGAUUUCACUGAUAUCAUCAAGUUUUUUAAUGAAAUGGCAGAACAUCACAAUGCCCAGGAAAUCCUGCAGAUAGCCAGGGCAUUAGUUUGCAGAGUUCAAACGCUGAUUGAAAACAAGUGAGCAUGGAUGCUGGGGGACAGAUGAGUGAGGACAGAUCGCUGCCAAAGCCUUUCUUGGACCUUUGAAAGGAGAAGGAAGAGGGAUGGAAGGAGACUCUCUGCACUAGUACUGCAACUGGUAUUUCAACUGCAUCUUCCAUGUAUUGCAGUAAAUAUUCCAGAGAUUUCCAAGAGACUUUUAAACAACAGAUUCCCCCCCCCCACCACCGGGAGAUGAAUUUUAAUGUCUUAGUCUGCAUUCUGAAUUUGUAUUUCAGAGCCCAAAUUAUUCUAUUUGGUUCAUUACAUUUCUCCGUCUCUAGGAAACGUUUCCCUGCACAAGGAUGCUUGACUUGUGGUACAGAGAAGCAAAAUGGUACCCUUUGCUGUGCUGUAAUUUUGCAAAGAAGUCUUGUCUGCCAGUACUGCCCCCCCUCUGCCAAGAAGGCUACCCUAUGCCCUGCCCUGUGCCUGUGAUAUGUGAACAUUUAUGUGUUCAGAAGGGGUGGCGGUUAUUGUGAGCCCAUCAUUGGUUUAACACAUCAUCAGGCUCUUGCCUUGGGAGAGGCGGGACUUCCUGCGGGAAGUGAGAGAAUUCCUCAGAAUUGUAGGAGCACUGGCACCUGUGCGAAUGGUUAGCAGGAUAAGCAUCAUUAUACAGGUGCCAUGUCUCAUCUCUCUCUCUCCCCCGUUUGAAGAAUCAAAAUGAUGGUGUGUUUCACUCUUUAUUCACUCACUGUGAAGGGUUUGUCCAAGCAAAGAAACCCCAGUUUGGUAAUAGUGAAAGAACACAGAGCAAUGGAUGAUAGAUGGACAACUGAAAGACUUGAAAAUGUUCUCAGACUUUUCUGCACAACCAUGAGGGCUGGAACUAUGUUAUUAUUUUAAGGAUGAGGAGCAAAAAAAGUUAUUUUGGACAGUAGCUGCACACUUUUAUAUUUGAGGAGAUCUCAACGACGACUUGUUUGUGGCUCCCUAGGAAAUCCUGUUUCUCAAGUCAACCGUGUCUAGUGGAAUUUGGGAGAGGGGGGUGUUUGAAUUUUUGUUUUUGGAAUGCAAGGAAGGCUUUAUCAGAAAGCCCCUACCUUUGUAAUACUGGCAUGCCCGCUGGCUCUCAACUCCCCUGUCACUUUGGAAUUCCCCCUCCCCUGUGCCAAGUCUGCAUCCAACCAAUGCACAGUUCUGCUGCCCAGCCUCCCAGGGGAAAAAUGUGCUUUACUCUUUGUGUGUCUCAUUUUCAUUCAGUUGAAAAGGUCUUAAAACAACAAACUUCCCUAGUGGGCCUUGCUCCUGAGGGAUCUCUGUUUAAAAAAACAGAACACUGCACUACAUUUUUGGAGAAUGUAUUAUAUGACACUUUGCUAUGUAAAAAAAACACAAAGAAUUUAUCUGCAAACUUUGUUGUACCUGUUCCUAUAAUGGUCUGCCUAACUGUAUUUUAAGAACCUUGUGUACUGCCUUAUUUAUUUUUGGUCAGGAAUAUUUUCCUUCAUGGCUCAAGAGUUUAUCUUUGCAGUGCAACAAACUGAUUUUAAAAAAAUACAUAAUG